AAGGAUUUGAUAUGUAGAAAAUAGAAAUGAUUGGAAUCGAGCCCAAUAGGUCCACAGCUGAGGCCAUGAACCCUAACUAAAAGUCACUUAUUUGGUAUUUUUGCAGGUUUUGACUUCUGAUGCAAUUCAAUCAGUUCUUACUUCUAGAUGCCAAAAUAGUGGUUUUUAGUCUGGUUCUAUAUUCUGGGUCGUAUACCCUGGGGUCUAUUUUAUAUUUCUAUUGCAUCCCUUCUUGAGCUCUUCCUUGUGUCCCUGUUCGUAAUCGCCGUGGUCAUCCACUGGUUUGUAUUAUUAUGAGUUCAAUUCUGAGGCGUCGAAGAAGCAAAAAUGGUAAUGGAGAUUUCACCGAAUUCUACCAUUUGAAACCUACCAGAUUUGGUUUUUGUCUCCCCAUUGAUCUACUGGUUUGGAGCUUUUCCCAUGAGAAGUGAAAAAUUUCAGAAAGGAAAUCGAUUAAAAUGGCUGCGUUUAGGUGGCUUCUUCAGAUCCACAAAGAUGUACCUAGAGCUGCUCGUUUCUACUCGGAAGGGCUGGAUUUUAACGUCAAUGUCUGCAGUCUUCGGUGGGCUGAGCUUCAAUCUGGUCCUCUCAAAUUAGCUCUUGUUCAAUCCAAUAGGUUGGUUUGUGGUAAUAUCUUGAGAAUGAUGGUGUCUGGGAAAUCUAGAAGAAUUGGUGCGGAUAUUGGGCAUUUUGGUGAAGCGAUUGAAGAUUUGAGGAAUGUGCUUGUGAGAGGUUGUCAACAGAAUGGUCACUCUUCACUUCUAUCCUUCACUGUAAUGGACAUUAACAGCUCAGUGACAAAGUUGAUGGCAUUAGGAGCAGAGCUGGAUGGUCCCAUCAAAUAUGAGAUUCAUGGGAAGGUUGCGGCUUUGCGAUGCCUGGAUGGUCACAUGUUGGGCCUAUAUGAACCUCUGUGAGAGCAACAAGCGGAGUGUGUACAUUUAAACAAGGGACCAAGCUAGGAAAAACUGUUGCUGGACCUGCCCUGGGUGAGACCUUUCACUGUGGCAUCUCAAAACUUCUUUGAAGACAAUGCAAAUGCAUGACAAACUUCUUUGGGUCCCCUUGUAUUAUGGAUGAUGCUUUUCCGUCCAGAUCAAUCACAGGCAUGUAUAAUAUGUGAAGAGUGUUGGACCUGAAAGCAUUUAGGAAAGUUGAGAAGGGUGUAAACAAUCUUGAGAGGAUUUACGAGGGAAAUUUAUUUGUCAUAUUACAAUAGAUGGAGUCAAUAGAAAGAUAAAGUGAUACAGCAGGAGUUUGAUUAAAA